AAUUUAGCUGCUGGUGGGUUGAGCAGAAAUGGCAGGACACAAGGUUGCGCAUGCCACAUUGAAAGGUCCGAGUGUUGUGAAGGAAUUAAUCAUCGGUUUGACACUCGGUUUAGCUGCUGGUGGUCUCUGGAAGAUGCACCAUUGGAACGAGCAGAGGAAAACCAGAGCUUUCUACGACUUGCUUGAGAGAGGUGAGAUCAGCGUCGUCGCCGCUGAAGAGUGAAUCAAAAAAGCCUCUCUCAUUCUCAAUGUUUUGAGCUCGAUUUUUCUUUUUACAUAUAUAGUUUCUUGUGAUCUCAGAUGAGUUACCUGAGAACAGGGUUGCCUAAGAAAUAAGCAAAACUGAGAUCAGAUACUUGGGAUUUGUUUUAAGUAACGUAUUGUUUUUCCGGAGAUACAUUAUAUUCUUCCUUAGUUAAAAUUUUCAGACAUCUUUCUUGACGUUUCCUUCGACAGACGAGGAUUGUUGCACUGUUUUUCCUUUCCGUUUCCGUUAUCAAAUUGUAAUGAUGUCAUCGUGUGAACUGUGAAGACGUAUAUUACGCUUUUCUA